UUUCUGAGUGAAUAUCCUAAGUCAUUCUUAUCAAAAUGAAAUUUUUCAACAGCAUAGAAAAACUUAUUUGCGCAUAUGUAGGCGCGCAAUAUUAUUUAAUGUUAAAUAAUAUUCUAAAUAAUAUACUACAAUAUAAAAUUAUUUUAAUUAAGAUUAUGUUAAAUGGUAUUUUCGAAAUAUUAAUGUAAAUAUAUACUUUUUUAAAAUUAAAUUUACGUAUAAAACAGAGCACGUUAAACUUUAUACCACACAAAAAAUGAGUUUAAAAUUAUUAUUUAUUAUUAUUAUUAUUGUAUAAAGAAACAUUUAUUACUUUAAAUCUCAAAACUAUAAGAAUAUUUUUAUAAUAUUACAUGAAUAUUAAAGUAACACGUCAAGAAUAUAUAAAUGAACAUGUAACAUUAACAGAAUAUUUUUGUGAUACUAAAAAGUAUUAAAUAAUAUUUGUGGAAUAUUUAUAGUAAUAUUAUUUUAAUUUUUAAUAAUAUUUAUGUAAUAUUCUAGAAAUAAUAAUUCUAUGAACGCUCGUUUUUCUGCAACGCAAAAUGUAAAGAAAAUAACAGCCAAAUUUAGAAGCAAAUUAAUUGAUCUUAUAAUUUACACAAAUAUUAAUUGAUAAAAUAGUGUUGUAUUAUCCUCGGAACACAGUUACAAUGUACAAAGACAUUUCUGACAAUACUAUUAUAUCAGUUCUUUCCAACAUUAUAUUAAUUACUUUAAAAUGCCUAGAAGAUCAGUUACCAUUUCUAUUGAAAUUUAUUGGUUUUACUUUUUAACGUAUUAUCUUGACUUAACGGAAUUCUCGCCUCCGAUCGACGAAUGAUGUUACGGGAAAUUUUUAUCGCAUUCACAACUUCUGAAGACCCGGGAUAAAUAUAAGUGUUAUCAUAUGUGUUCUAGCACGCAUGAUGUACGCAGCUCAAAAUUGUUAUUCAAUUGCGGGUUGAAAUAAUUUCUGCAAUGCCAGAAUAUUUGUAAAUUAUAUAAAACUGACGAAGACUUGUAUAAUCGAAACGUUUGUGUAAUAUUUCGCAGAAGAAUAAAUUCUUAACGCUUAUGUAAUUUAUAAGAUUAAUUAAUUUGCUUCUAAAUUUGGCUGUUAUUUUCUAAAUGAACAUGUAACAUUAACGGGAAGGUUCCGAUAGCGCACAGUACUAUUGCACACAAGCCACUCACAACCACUCAUAGCGCUUGAACAGAAGAAUAUCACUAGGCACCAGCCGCUGUGAUUGGCUGUGUGCAAUAGUACUAUGCGCUAUCGAAACCUUCCCAUAAAUGUUUCUUUAUACAAUAAUAAUAAUAAUAAUAAAUGGUACAUUUAAACUUAUUUUUUUUGUGUGGUACGAAAUUUUACGUGUUCUGUUUUGUAAGUAAAUUUAAUUUUAAGAAACUACAUAUUUACAUUAAUAUUUCAAAAUUUAUUCACUAUUUAAAAUAAUCUUAAUUUAAAUAAUUUUACAUUGUAGUAUAUUAAUUAGAAUAUUAUUUAACAUUAAAUAAUAUUGCGCGCCUACAUAUACGCAAAAAAGUUUUUCUAUGCUGUUAAAAAAUUUCAUUUUGAUAAGAAUAACAGAGGAUAUUCACGACUCAGAACGAGAAACCAGCAUUACGCGGCGUUCUUGCGCAGCCAUCGUUAUUAAAAAACAACAAUUUUCCGCGCGCUUGGCAACCACAAUAGCGCGGUUAGAUUUGACGGCGGGCAGGACUAAAUCCGCUAUUUUUAUUAACUUAUAACUUGUUAACUAUUGCGAAAAUCGCAAAGUAGUAUAAGACUUUUUUGUCUCUUUUCAUCUCUUCUAUGUUCUCAAAGUGGUAAGUUCUAGUUCGCGAACACCCUGUAUAUACAAAGUCAUAUAUAGGAUGUUUAUUAAUGAUUGUCUUCACGUUUUACUAUUGGCAUUUUAACUUUUGUCUAAUAUGGCCGCCUCAAAAAGCUUAUUUCACGCUUGUGUUCACACUACACUCUCAUAUUUGAGUGUAUAGUGUAAACAUAGACGUGGAAAAACCUUAUUGAGACGGCCAUAUUGAACAAGAGUUAAAAACCCAAUAGGAGUACGCAUUUGUUAUUUCUAAUAUAAUAAGUUAGAAAUACAUAUCCGUCGGUAGGGAGGGUUCCGAUAGCGCACAUCCCGAUAGCCCACCAACCAAUCAUCUUGACUUAUCUAACCCAACCUACGGAAAAUCUCUAGGCAUCUGCCAUUGUGAGUGGUUUGUAUGCUAUCGGAACCCGCCGCCGUCGGUAAAUUAUGCUCCUAUGGUAAAAAGUAGGUACAACCAUUAAUGAACACGCUGUGUGCGUGCGUGCGUGCGUGCGUGCGUGCGUGCGUGCGUACACACACCCACACACAUAUGUGUAUGUAUGUAUGUAUAUAUACACAUACAUACAUAUGAAACACAAAAAAUGAUACGACUAUAAUUUUAGAAGAUGCUUGAUUUAAAAUGUUCAUGACGUGCUUAAUAUACGGGCAUGCCAUAAUGCACAAUUUUUAUUUUUGUUUUUCAUUUUUGUUUGUUACUUAUUCAUUUUAAAUUUGUGAUAUAUGUCACAUCACAAUUUUAUAUCGCACACGAUAUUAUGAAAUAAUCUUACACAAUGGAUAUUUGUGCUUUAACGAAAUAUCUAUAUGUACAUUUUUCAUGAUUUUAUACACUUAAUUAAAUUAAUUAAAAUGAUCUCUCACGUAGACGUUAAUAUAAAUCUAGAGUUUAUUUUAUAAGAUAUUUUUAAUAGAAUAUAUAACAUAUGGAUAUAGCAUAUAAUAUUGUAUAAAGCAUUGAUUUUAACUAAUUUUUAUAUAUCUGUCAUUAUUUGUUAAAAUGAUGUGUUCAGUUUUAUAAUAUGUGAUAAGAAUUUUGGAACAACCAUCAAAAGACGGUCUGUAAGUCUGAAUUCAAUGCUGUUGUGGAUUAAUCACAUGUAUAAUAGCUUCAUCUUUUUAAAACAUUUAAAAUUAUGCUUGUGUUAUUGAUUCGUACAUUAAUUUAUGUAAAUGUUUUGGAAUGUAAGAUAAAUAAACAUUUAAAAAUAUAA